AUGCCGGAAAAGCGCUGGAUUCGGUGUACAGAUGUGUACCUGUUGUUUUUGAUAUCAUUGCCAUGUAACGUAGCCGACGAAGGUUGGUUUUGGCACGUGACUGACUUCCAUUACGACUUUUCAUACUCCGACCGUGACCUUUCCUGUAGUGAUAGUGUUACGCAUCAUGGCGAGUAUGGUGAUUAUUGGUGCGACGCCCCCUGGCGGCUAAUUGAAUCAAGUGUGAAGGCCAUGAAACGAUUCAAACCGGAUGUAGAUUUUAUCUUGUGGACUGGGGACAGCGUGUUGCAUGCUGGGAGUGAGUAUCUAAGUAUCGACAUUAAUGUCGGAAUUCUCAGUAAUAUUACAAACCUGAUCGUCCAAAAGUUUGGAUCCACGCCCAUUUAUGCUACUCUAGGCAACAAUGAUUUUUAUCCUGACGAUGAUUUCCCGCCAACCAAUAAUGAACUGUACAACCGAACGUUGAAAAUUUGGGAAACAUGGAUUAAUGGUGACGGAGAAAAAGAAAACUUCUUGAAAGGUGGUUUCUACACUACGGUCACAUCUCAUGGGAUCCGAGUAGUCGCCUUAAAUACUAACCUGUAUUACAGGUCUAAUAAACUGACCGAACACAUCACUGAUCCAGCCGACCAGUUUACCUGGCUGGAAAACAUUCUUACAAACGCGACGACCAACAAGGAAAAAGUACUGAUAACAGGUCACGUUUCACCAGGGGUGGUGGACUCAAGGGGCAGGUCUCCAAUGUAUGAACAUUUUAACAGGAAAAUAAAUUAUGUCAUCCAAAAAUAUGCUGACGUCAUCAUUGGCCUCCAUUUUGGACAUGAGCACGCUGACACUUUCCUGGUAUACAAGAAAUCUGAUGUCCCUAUUGCUACAAUGUUCCUCGCUCCUUCAGUCACUCCCUGGCGGUAUAAGACUCCCACGAAAGCAGGACCCGCCCAUAACCCUGCCAUCCGUCUGGUACAGUAUGACCGACUGACAGGACGCCAUCUUAAUAUGAUCACGUACUACAUGGAUCUUCCCGCUAGUAACGCACAAGGCAUCCCGCAGUGGGCGGAGGAAUACAAUGCAACGAGGGACUACAAUAUUGAUGACCUGUCACCGAACUCCAUGAACAAACUCGCACAGAGGAUGAGUACGCCGAAUAGUCCAGAAUUUAACAAGUACUGGAAAUGGCGUUUUGCCAGUGUUCAAAACGAUAUACUGGAAUCUUGCGAUGAAGAAUGCAAAACAAAAAUUGUGUGCCAGAUAAGUCACGUGGACCAAUCAACAUACGACGCAUGCGUGCUGAAAACUGUAGACGAUUCCACAGGUCUUAUUUCAAGUCUUGUCUUGGUUUUAACAUCAGCGUUGUUGUGUGUCGCAAUAAGUUCCUGA